CCCUGGGAAGCUGCUGCUUUUAGGCACAGUUGGACUCUGUUGGAACACUAGAGAACACAUCUAUACAUUUCACCAGACUAACGCAAGCCCACCCUGAUUCACACUGACCGUUUAAAGAUUCAGAGGAAACGAAGACUGACACAUAGACAUCUUGCUAUAUAAACUGAAAGAUGGCCGAGCAGCUGCAGAAACUUGUUGCACAGAAUAUGGAUGUCGUCGAGACCGUGAUGGAAGUGUUUGAGCAGGGCGCAGAAGUGUUGGCCAGCAUUUCUGGAGAUUUGUUCCCUUUGUUCUCCAUCGCAGCUACGAUUAUGAAGCUGGCGCUGGAUAAUGUGGAAAGCAAAGAGGCCGAGUACAUGAAGGAGCAGUUCCAGAAGGUGCGAGAGAGCCUGGAAGUUGUUUUUGAAGAGGUCCAGCAGAUAAAUCAGGAGAUCAAGAAGAGCGGCAUAGAUGCCACCUACUUCUCCGUGGAGGAGAAUCUGACCAACCAAUUCCGCAAAUUCAUGGACGUCCUGAAUGCGAAACCUGAAUUCAAAGAUGUCAGAAAGAAAACGUUCCUGGAACACUUCAACAGGACGGGGGGCGACAAAAACUUGCACACUCUGUAUAAUGCCGUAACCGGAGAAAACUUCUCAGGAGAGUCUGUUCUGGAAAUCACUCUGAAUUAUGAGCAGAAGAGCCGCAGGUCGGUGGAGAAUUUCUGCGCUACGCUCAAGAAAUUGUUCUGGGUCGGUUUGAUCGUCUUACUGGGACACGCGGCGUUGAAAGGCGACCACGACGAGGAGAAGUUACUUCAAGAUUGGAACGAGAAGAUGAAUGUGGUCCAGUCUAAAAUGAACGUCGUGAUUGAAGACUGCAUCAACAGCUUUCCGUCGCAGGCCGAGCUGGAAGCCAAACGCAUAGUGAGAGAUCAAAGCGACAAAAGCAACCAGCAACUAGCCGUCAUGCUGGUAGAGCACCUGAAAAAGAAGUACGACUGGGUGUGCUGGUCAGUCCGCAUCUUUAACUCCCCCACGGGCCUGUGCACCAGCAUGAAAGACAUCCAGGGUUUGACGGGAAAGAGUCGCUUUCAGGUGCCGGCGUCGGAUGACAAGCUAAACGUUGUGGUCUCCUACAGCGCCUCGCCUGAACCCGUCGAUAAAGCCCGGAUACAGAGCCUGGUCUUGGAGCAGAAGAAGAUCAUGAUAAUGCCGAUGGCCCAACUGCUUUUUGAGACAAUCCCUCUCUGUGUAGUCCACACAGUCAAGACCUCAUGCAAAGAGUUGGGCUUCUCCAGCAGCUUCUCUGAUGAGCUGCACUUCUUUGAAGAGUUCAAGAACUUCCAUGUCUUUCUUCAUUCUGCUUAAACUAGGCAGGGAAAUAGAAAUACUAUGAUUAACAGCUGUUGGAGGAUGUUCACACACUUUAAACCACUAUAAAGAGUGUUUAACCUCUC